AUGUCAGGAGUAGACCCCUUUAAAAAAGCCUCGCGUUUGGCUAGAUCGCCAGUGAAGGUGCUCUCCGCACAAAGACCAGUGAGGUCGAAAUCAUCACCUCCAACGCUGCAGAAGAACACCCCGAUAUUGGAAGAAGCACAGUCGCAACGUGAUCAUAUGAAUCAACUUGGAGAUAUGAUACAAAAGCUAACGGAUAUGAUGCAUCCGCCACAGCGCACUAUCAACAAUCCCAUGAGGGAACUGCUUACCGAAAUAUCGAAAUACCGUGCACAAGACGACCAUAUUCGACAAAGGGAAGCUAACAUAGGAAGAAGAGUAGCUAUGGAACAGACGACUGCUGAAGUCACACCGAAAAGACCACGUGACAAGCAGAUAAAGCGACGAACCCCUCCAAAAAGGACUAAAACAACGCAUGACGAACCAAGUGUGAAAGCAGGAGAAAGCAGAAAUCUCGGGGGAGGAGAAAAGGACGCGUCAAGGGAAGAAACCUGGAUCACGAUACCAAGUAAAGCCCAAAAAAAUAAAAACAAGAAGAAGGAAAACGCCGUACCACGCCUUCGACCAGAAGCAAUAGUUAUCGCAAAAACCGGUGACAUGUCUUACGCAGACAUGCUUCGGGCGGUUAAGCAGAAUGAAAAUCUGCAAGUGCUUGGGGAAAAUGUCUCACGAAUUAAAAAGACAGCUAAAGGUGAGAUACUGUUGGAGCUAAAGAAAGCGCAGACAGGAAGUACUAAGGAAUAUAGAGAGGAGAUAGUGAAGAUACUAGGAGAUCAGGCACAAAUAAGAUCUCUAACACAAGAAAUUACAGUGGAAGUGCGAGACUUGGACGAUAUAACGACGAAAGAGGAUAUAGCACAGGCAAUUCGUUCAGAAUUUGAAGAGCUGCGUCUAUUUAGUGUAGAAUGCAUUAAAAGCAUCAGACAUGCAUAUGCAGGCACGCAAAAAGCUAUCAUAAGCCUUCAUGCACAGGAAGCAAAGCACCUACUGGCAGCACAAAAGAUAAAAAUCGGCUGGUCAAUCUGCAGAAUCAGGGAAAAAGCGCAGCUGAAGAAAUGCUUCAGAUGUUUUGAGUAUGGACAUGUGGCGAAAGCAUGCAGCAACCCAGAAGACAGGAGCAAGUGCUGUAUUAAAUGCGGUGAGGAGGGUCAUUUCGCCAAAGAUUGUGUUAACAAUCCUUCCUGCAAGGCAUGUAAACACAGUGGAAGCACAAACAUAGACCAUCAGAUAGGAAGCCGGAAAUGCCCCAUAUAUACAGCAGCGCUCAAAAAACCUAAAAGAUGA